AAUCUUUAAUUUUUAAGUUUUUUUGUUUUAAGAUGUUUUGAUCCCUAUUCCUAUCUGAUUAAUGAGCACCACGUGUUGAUUUAAAUAUACUACUUUUAAAUCUAUUUCUGAGCCGUAUUAAUAAUUUUCCAAUUCAAUUGUAAUUCGGGACAAGGGAGCCAAUUCUAAACAGUUGUGAAAAAUAAAAAAAUUGCAUUAUUUUUUUAAAUUUUGAAUUUUUUAAAUUCUUUUAUUUCUUUUUCAUACUUUUUGACGCAAUGAUUUCCCUGUUUUCUGUACAAUAGAAAUUGUUCUACAUAUAUUUAGAACUACUUGAAGACAGGUAUGUGGAAAUGCAGCAUAAAUUUAUAGGAUAUUUAAAAUAAAUUUGAAGGUAGAGUUUUUUUAACCAUACAUUUUUCCACAAAAAAGAGAAAAUAUCGUUUAAUGCAAGUAAUUUGUCCCUCUUAUUUUUGUCAAAAAAUAUUUAUUAAAACUUUAAUAAACACUAUUAAUUUCCAGUGCAACACCAUAACAGUGAUUUUACUUUUUAUAAAGAAGGGCGUGGCAUUGCGCGUGAGUAGGGGCGGUCUGGGGGCGUUGGUCCUUAUGCCGCGCUGGUCCUUAUGCCGCGCCGCGAGCGCGUCACAUGAUCGCCUGGCACACGUGAUUAUGGACGAAACAAAACAGGAACAAAAUGGCUGCAACUGGAGAUGAAGCCGCAGCUAUGGACAGUAUUUCCAGGGAACCAGCAGCCGUUUCAGCGGGGUUAAUUGCAGCUUCUAGCGGCACGGCUGCGGCUGAACGCCCAGACGAUCCACCAGAAGCCCCGUCAAGUGCGCCAAAGAAACCUGGAGCAAACAGCGAUGGAGGUGUGGAGACCGCGGAGGAGGCUGUGGAGCCCGCAGAGCCAGAUAUCAACGAGCUGUGCUCUGACAUGUUUGAGAAGAUGGCCAUUUUCCUGCAAGGGGAGCUAACAGCAACGUGUGAAGAUUACCUGCUGUUGGAGAACAUGAACAAGCUCACAAGCCUGAAAUACAUGGAAAUGAAGGACAUUAGUAUCAAUAUAAGCCGGAAUCUGCAGGACCUCAACAACAAGUAUGCGAGCCUACAGCCUUACCUGGACCAAAUAAAUAAGAUCGAGGAGCAAGUGUCAUCCCUCGAACAGGCUGCGUACAAAUUGGAUGCAUACUCCAAGAAGCUGGAAGCCAGAUUCAAGAAACUGGAAAAGCGAUGAGGGACAGAAGACGAGGCAGACUGAGGGUUUCGGUGCCUUCUCGCCUUCUUCACCCAUCCCUGCCCUCCACUCUACUUACCAGGAGACACAGGGGAGGAUGUGAACUGUGGCUAAAGCAAAAAUAAGAAACACCCCAGCGAAAGCAGGCGUCUUUAUGCACUAAUACCACAGUGUUGGCUGUAGAUUUGACUCCAGUAUCACUGGUUUCUGUUCAUGCAACCAAGAUGUGCCACAUGUUUGUCCAACUGUUAUCAGGAAGAUGUUCUUAUCAAAAAGUGAAGCAAAUGACACGUAUGUGGUUAAUUUGCUUCUUAAAGUGUAUUUAAAGCUUAAUCAUGUCAGAAACUUUUUUUUUUUCCAGGCAUUUUUUUUUUUUGUAAAAUGUUGGGGAAUAAUCUGAGUUUACUCUGCAUUAAUUAUUUUGUCAGGCAGUGUUCAGGAGACGCCAAACUGCUUAAACCUGUGACUUGGUUAUAAUGUUGAGUUUAAAGACAAACUCUACUGUUUGUUUUAAAUUUGUAGCUCGCAUACAAUUCCUUAUAAAGUCAACAUCAUGUCAUGUUCUCCUGAAAACGCACCACUGAAAUAAACCCUGAUCCCACCACUGACAGCAGA